UUCUUAUUGUCUCUAUUAAGGGGAAGACACUUUGUUAUUGUGUUCUUUGCCGGUAGUUUCAAGUAAAUGAUUGUGGACAUCGGAUGUAGUGUAGGAAUUUCAUUCAUGAAACCUAGCAACUGAAACACAUCGAUCAAACAGCUAGUCGCUGGCUUGGCACGGACGAUGGCGGAAGACAGCAGCGCGGCGGCCGGUGGAGAGCCAGGCGAGCUCGCCACCGAGCCAGGCGAGCUCGCUACCGCGCGCCCGCUGCACGCGCGCUCCUUUAAGCUACGCUUCGCAUCGCAGCGCGAGCAGGGCCGCUCCUACGUCUCCCUCGUCAGACCGCUCGGCCUUCCCGCCACGGUGACGGGCAAGUUCUACGUGCGCGAGCAGCCCAGCAGCGUGGACGACGAGGCCACGCGGCGCGCGCUGCAGCGCAUACAAAGCAUGUUCGGCCGCGGGCCCGCAGACAAGUACGCCGCGCCCGUCACCAGCUCGCACGAGUUCGUAACCGCACUCACCACUCACUACGCAUUCAUGUAACGUUACACUUCAAUUCGCUCACUCGACGAAUGCCACACUCGUGUAAAGCAAUCACGCAAGUCCAGAAUUAGAUACUAAAAUAGUCGUGCAAAACACUUGAAGAGAGUGCAUUUACCGACAACCUCCCACGGACACAUUUUUGAAGCCAUUAAGAAGUAUAGGCCGGUAAACGAGCAGACGGAUCACACGAUGAUAAGCAAUCGGCGCCGCCCAUGAACACCCGAAACAGUACACUAUUAUUGUGGAGUUAUAAGUCUGUUGUCGGCCUUUUAGGAUAAGGAAAUUAGAAACAACGCUUCGGUUGUUUCAUUUCGGUAAGGCCGUGGUUUCAUUCCGGUCGAGCCGGCUCAUUUAUGUCGAAGCAUCAUAGCUCUCCCACACUUAUAACAGUGUUUCGUUUUCGUGUUGCAGAAAUAAUUGUCCGCAUAUUCGUAACGUAUCUUGUAACCCCGUGUGUAGUGAGUUUUUUUUAAGCGGGAAAAUCAUCGAAUGACCUCUCUCGCCUGGGUGAG